AUGAGCCCCAACAGCGCCAACAGCACGCCCAUAAACCCCUGGACGCACCCCCCCGCCACGCACGACUUCCGCUCCGACACCCUCACCACCCCCACGCCCACCAUGCUCGCCUCGCUCCCCACCUGCUCCCUCGGCGACGACGUCUACGGCGAGUCCACCACCACCACCCACCUCGAAGCCCGCCUCGCCGCGCUCUUCCGCAAGCCCGCCGCGCUCUUCGUCCUCUCCGGCACCAUGGGCAACCAGCUCUGCCUGCGCGCCCACCUCUCGCACCCGCCGCACUCGGUCCUCUGCGACGUCCGCGCCCACGUCAACGUGUUUGAGGCCGGCGGCCUCGCCUCGCUCAGCCAGGCCAUGGUGCAGCCCGUGCGGCCCAGCAACGGGCUGUGGCUGACGCUCGAGGACGUGCAGUCCGCCGCGGUCGUCAGCGACGACAUCCACUACGCGCCCACGCGCGUCGUGUCGCUCGAGAACACCAUCAACGGCGUCGUCAUGCCGCUGGGCGAGAUGCGGCGCAUCGGGGCGUGGGCGAGAGAGAACGGGGUCGGGGUGCAUCUUGACGGCGCGCGGCUGUGGAAUGCGUGUGCGGUUGAGGGCGCGCCGGAGCUGUGGGAGUAUGCGGCGGAGGUGGAUAGUCUGUCGGUGUCGAUGUCCAAGGGGAUGGGCGCGCCGACGGGGUCGGUGGUUAUGGGGAGUGGGGAGGUGGUGGCGAGGGCGAAGCAUAUGAGGAAGGCGAUUGGUGGGGGGAUAAGGCAGGCGGGGGUGCUGACGGCGAUGGCGAAUGUGGCGAUUGAUGAGGUGUGGUUUGGGGGUAAGUACAAGGUGGGGGAUGCGUGGGCCAAGAGGUUGGAGGGGAAGUGGAAGGCGCUGGGGGGGAAGGUCAGCUUGCCGGUGGAGACCAAUAUGGUGUGGGCUGAUCUGAAGGGGAGGGGCGUGACGGAGGAGGUGUGGAGUGCGUGUGCGGAGAAGGAGGGUGUGAAGGUGGGCUCAGGGAGGGUUGUCUGCCAUUUCCAGAAUACUGUUGAGGCAGUCGAGGCAUUGGAGAGGGCCAUGGAAGCGGCGUGUAAGAUUGCGGAUGAGAAGAAGAACGAAGAGUAG